AUGCUGAAUCUUAAGUACUUCUCUAACGCCCCCCUCUGCGAGCGAACAAAACCUUGGAAAAAUCCCUAUAUUUUGGGUAAAAACAACCUCCAUGAGAUAACAAAAAAUUACUUUAACAUAAAAAAAAAUUUUUAUGAAAAAAUAGUUUGAUAUCUAUAUAUGAUAACUCUUAUAAUGGAACUUUUGCUAAUUUUGUUUAUUUAAAAAAGGGUGCAUUUUAAAACAUAAAUUUUACAAAUUAAAUUUAAUUUUUAUUGCUAAUUGGGAAUUUUUUAUAUUUAGAAAAAACAAUUUUACACUAUAAUCAGUUGCUCAAAUUUCUGAUCGACUCCCACGAGCCAAAAUGGAUUUCACACGUGAAAAUCCAAAAAAAAUUCCAUUUUGGCUCCUGGGAGCCGAUCAGAAAUAAUCCCAAAAGAUCAUAUAAAUUUUUUUAAAUAAUAAAAUUAACCCUCCGUGAGCGAAAUGUUUUUUGUUCACUCAUGGAGGGGGUGGGGAGUAAAGAAUAUCUACUUGCUCCUUCAAAGAUUGGCUUCUUGUAUUUUGGGCUUUUAUUUAUUGCUGAUAUUACAGCCUAUAUGAUUAUUGAUUCAAUAAAGUGCAAUCCAUUGAAAUUCAGAGUGUAUUGAGAUGCAGAUCUUAGUUAUUUCCCAAAGGGUCUUAUAGCGAAAAGAACUAGAGAAGACAAUGAACAAUAA